CACUUGUUUCAAUAUAUGUUUGUUUUCAGAGUUUAUAUCAUGGAGAAGCCUUGUUCUUGUAUUGAUACAUAUUUUAAAGUCAUUACAUUUCAUUUACAGUCGUGUUCAGAACCUGAAAGCUAGGCUUGAGUAAAAGUACACAGAAAUAGGGCAUCUUCUCAGUUGGAAAGGGGAAAAGAGAUUUGGUGGUGGAACCUCAAAGUCCAGGAAAUCAUUCAAGGAAAGAGGUUAGCUGAGAAGAAGUGGAACACUGAGAGGACUGAAGAGAGGAGAAAGGAAUACAUUGAGAUGCGAUGUUGGGCGAAGGUUGAGGUGGCAAAGGCCAAACGAGGCAUAUGAUGACAUGUAUGCCAGGUUGGACACUAAAGAAGGAGAAAAAGAUCUAUACAGGUUGGCCAGACAGAGGGAGAGAGAUGGGAAGGAUGUGCAGCAGGUUAGGGUGAUUCAGGAUUGAGAUGGAAAUGUGUUGACUGGUGCCAGAAGUGUGCUAGCUAGAUGGAAAGAAUACUUUGAGGAGUUGAUGAAUGAGGAAAAUGAGAGAGAAGGGAGAGUAGAAGAGGCAAGUGUGGUGGACCAGGAAGUGGCAAUGAUGAGUAAGGGGGAAGUGAGAAAGGCAUGAAAGAGGAUGAAAAAUGGAAAGGCUGUUGGUCCUGAUGACAUUCCUGUGGAGUUUUGGAAGCAUGUAGGAGAGGUGGCUGUGGAGUUUUUGACCAUCUUGUUCAACAGAAUUCUAGCGGGUCAGAAGAUGCCUGAGGAAUGCGAGCAACAGUAUGGUUUCAUGCCUAGAAACAGUUGUACAUAAUUUGCCUUGAGGAUGUUGAUGUAAAAGUACAGAGAAGGUCAGAAGCAGCUACAUUGUCUUUGUAGAUCUUGAGAAAGCCUACGACUGAGUACCCAGAGAGGAACUGUGGUACUGCAUGCGGAGGUCUGGAGUGGCAGAGAAGUAUGUUAGAAUAUUAAAGGACAUGUAUGAGGGCAACAGAACAGUGGUGAGGUGUGACAGAGGAGGUGAAGGUGGGGGUGGGAGUGCAUCAGGGAUGCAUCAGGGAGCCCCUUCCUGUUUGCAGUGGUAAUGGAUAGGCUGACAGAUGAGGUCAGACUGGAAUCCCUGUGGACCAUGAUUUUCGCAGAUGACGUUGUGAUCUAGGCGGCACGGUGAUGACUGGUAAGAGCGUCUGCCUCAGAGUUCUGUGGACCGAGGUUCAAUCCCCGGCCCCGCCUGUGAGGAGUUUGCAUGUUCUCUCCGGGCACUGCAGUUUCCUCCCACAUCCCCAAAAACAUGCAUGGUCGGUUAAUUGACAACUCCAAAUUGCCCGUAGGUGUGUCGACUUUGGUGAGUCAAAUGUCUCUCUAAAUACUUUUACCUCUUUUCGAGGUUGUAUGACUUGAUUUAAUACAAAUCUUGUAACUUAGAACAAGGUUGUUAAAAUAUUUGUUGAUACUCAGUUGUCUACGAAGUUUGUAAAUUUGGUUAUUUACAAGCAGGGCUUGACAUCAGCUCACCAGCCACUGUGGCUAGUUGUUUCCCAGAGUUACUAGCCACUCAGCAUUUUCUCUCGCUUCAGUUUUGUUAUGUUUAAUAUGAUUAUAGCUAGGUUAAAGAACGAGAUUUACAACCCUUUUAAAUGUAUUUGACCCCUUUGCACAACCAAGUCAAGACAACAUGAAUUUUUAACGCAACAAGAAACAUUCCUAUCAGACUUCUGAGUCUGAACCAUCACACAGACUUCGGUGAGUCUCUUUUAAGAUAUAAAAUUCAAAAUGAGAGAAAAAGAAAUUCAUUGUUGCAUUCCACUUCAGCUGGGCCAUGUCUUUCCAAUCACUUGCUUUGCCGACUGCAACAGAAGUACGGUACAUUCUGCUUUUCCAGAAGCUUUCCUGCAACAUUGUAGUUCCACUCUGCGAAGAGUUAGUCGCUGUGUCUGAGAGAGAGACUUUUUUUCAUAGCUAAAGUGACAAGCAAGUUUGGCUGUGAAUUCACUUCAUCAAUGACAGCAAGCGUGCAGUUGUUGACUAUUUCCAACUCGGUAAGAGGUCUCUGAUAUCCUUAUCACCAGGGUACCGGUUUCGUACUCGUCGCGUUCGGCCGACAAAAUAAAUACUUCUCAGUCCAUUCUGUCUGGAAUUGCCGGAUUUCUACAUCGACUUUGUGUUUUUUCGGCCUUCGGAGAGACAUUUUGAAUCCUGUCUUGUUUCUCAAAGUGUGUCGCGAGGAGCAAUGUCAUCUCGAGCCAGUUGAUCCUUCGUGCAAGCAGGUAUUUACGGCAAAUCCACUUGGACAAACUUGUCAUCAUAUGGGUUUUUGUAUCGCCGUGGUUUAAUUGCUCACUGCAACCACACACACGUUACGCGUUACAUCAGAUUAAAAUGAAAGUCUGGCGGGCCAUAUGAAAUUAAAUUUCAAAGGGGGCCACUAGUUAAAUUGGCCUGGUUUAUUUUGUCGAAUGUCAUUUGAGAAAACUACAAUGAAAUAUAUUGGAGUGUCGAGGAAGUUGACGCUUGAAUACCCAGCAUGCCCAGCGGCUUUGGAUAAACAGUUGACUUCUUGGUUGACUUUUUUUUUUUUUAUGUUUCUUAUUUCCUAGGAGUCGUAAACAUCACGUGUGUCCAUCUACCCCUUUGAGAUAUAUUUUUUAUUUCAUGAGUCACAUGAAGAAUAUGCAAGCCAUGAGAAAGCUUCGUGAGUGUGGAUGGAGCGGAUGCUGACGUGCCGCAUGGCAACCGGCAGAUGUCAGGAAACUGCUCACAAAUGUCAACUUUGCUGAUUCAAAUAUUUCCCCAGGUCUCCUUUAUUUGAUAUUAGUCAACAUGUGUUCACCCUUUCCAGUACCAAAAGGUUCCUAUCAGGUCUAACCCUUCGAUCCAAAGUUUCACGUGGUCAUUAGAUUUUAUUGAAGUCACACCAUUACCUUUAUUUUCCUCAACACAAUUUUCCUCGAAAAGAACACAUUCAACUUGAAAAUAAAUGCACAUGAUCGACAUGCCGUUCGCUACUUUUAUCUAUUCAGUCUUGCGUGUGCGCGUCUAUUUUUAGACUCCAUCUUCGACUUCCGUAUGGGGCGCCUGUCGUGCCAAUCAAACGUGAUCACUAAUGUCAUUUGACUCUAAUUCACCAAUCAGACGACACAAGCCAGUCACAUCACGGCGCACGGCGCCUUCGCAAGCUAAUCAGAGUGACUCAAUUUGGGGGAAAGAAACUGCCAUGCGAUUGUUUACUUGACAGACUCCAAAAAACAACAGCAGCUUUGUCAUGCAACUCUUAAAUUGUGACUGCCCAAACUGGGAUAUUUCAGCCCACUUCUAACUUGAGAAAACACCUUGUGGUAAAUUGCAGAUGUUUCUAUUGUUGUUUUGGCAGUGGAUGUGGCAAGAUUGGCACUGUCUUAUGUUGUCGCACGCACAAUCACUAAGACUGGUCAUGCGUCGCGAUUAAUGAAGUCACUGGCUAUAUCAAGCACAUCAGCGUGGUCAGUUUGGAUAAAAUAAAAAACUUUUUUAAAAGUUUUUUUUAAAUAUUUAAGAUCCAUUUGUACAGUACUGUGUGUUUUUGGCCACGAAAAAGUACAAAACACUAAUUUUGUAGUGCAAAAUGAUAUGGGUGCAUAUAGCCACAAACAAGUGCUUCAAUAUAACAGACAAACGGCUGUAACAGACGAGCCUCUGCCUGUAAUCGUCUGUUAAAUCGAGGUUCCACUGUAUGUCAAUAUUCUGGAACUAAACAUCGAAAAGAUGCAGCCUCAUCAAUAAUGUAUUUUUUUUUAUUGUUGUCAUAGUAGGCAAUGGUAAGAGGGAGUGGACGAGUCGUGCAUUGUACUUUUCCAAAUCAUGUUUCGCUCGCCCCAAAGUGAGCAGUGAGCUCCUCGUGCAGUCUUGUCUCUGUCCAUGGUGCUGAAGGGCAGCUUCCAAGGGAUUUGUUGACCAGCGCUCGUUCUGAGGAAUUCCAAUCAAUAAUCAUCAUUUAUAUCAUUUGUAUUACUCUUACGCACACGACUUCCUUCCUGUAACUGUGUUGAUUGGCUGUUUGUUCAGAUGACAACCUUAACUAGGAAAAUGUCUUUUUUUAAAUUAUAUUUAAUGCAGUUAUUUAACAGGACAUAACAUAUUCAAGGAUGUUUUUUCCCCCCCAUGUUGAAGCUUUUAUUCUAACUGGGCAGUUUGGCAUAUCGGCCUCUAAGGGGCGCUGUUACAUGGUAAAUGGAUGUGUUGGCGCUGUGUGAUGCAGUGCAGCUCCCUCCUCUGUCGCUGCCAUUUGGCACCAGAGCGCUUCGCGUGAACGACGUACAAUCGUUGAGCUCAAAUAACGCGCAUCUGAUUGCGCCUGCUUUGGUUCUGUCUUUUUUUCGAUUGCGUCCCUUUAUUGGAAUAUUUUUAAUUUCAUAUGGAGGCUAAAAACAUUCAUCCGAGCCGAGGAGGAAUGCGAUGGCGACGCGCGGCCGGCCUCUUUGUCUUUUGGUGUUUUUUUCUCCACGCGAGCGAGGCCCAAAUCCGCUACUCAAUCCCCGAGGAGAUGAAAAAAGGCUCGCUCGUCGGAAAUGUGGCCCAAGAUCUCGGUUUGGAUCUGAAAAGACUCCGUUCUGGGCGGGCCCGCAUCGUGACCGGGGAGAACGUCCAGUACGCCGAGCUGAGGGCGGACAAAGGGCUCCUGGUUGUCCAUGAGAGGAUAGAUCGAGAACAGCUGUGUGGAGACGUGACGCCGUGCAGCUUCACCUUCGAGAUUUUGUUGGAAAACCCCAUGGAAUUGCACCCGGUCACCAUCGAAGUGUUGGACGUCAACGACAACGCGCCCACUUUUAAAAAUCAUUAUUUGCAAUUUGAAAUAAGCGAGUCUGCUGCACUUGGCUCCCGUUUUGUUCUGGAGAGUCCGUAUGAUGCUGACGUGGGUACAAACGGCGUGCAGAGUUACGUUUUGACACCAAGUGAUCAUUUUAUUUUGAAGCAACACGUCAGUCCGGGAGGAAGUAAACAUGCAGAAAUGGUCCUGCAGAAAGCCUUAGACAGAGAACAGCAGCCGCGACUUUCCCUGAAAUUAGUGGCUGUGGACGGUGGGAAUCCACAGAGGUCAGGUACGGUAAAUAUUGAAAUUAACAUUUUAGACAUAAAUGAUAAUGUUCCUGUCUUCAAUCAAACUUUGUAUAAAGGUAAAGUGAUUGAAAAUUCCCCGAAGGGCACUCAAAUUCUCACUGUGAAUGCCACUGAUGCUGAUAGCGGUUCAAAUGGGAAAGUAACAUAUUCAUUUUCAAAAUCAAAAGCAGAAAUCGCAGAUUUGUUUCAUAUCGAUGAAAUGACAGGAUCCAUAUCUGUAGCAAACCAAAUUGAUUAUGAAAAAGACAAAACGAUAGAGUUCAUGGUUGAAGCCAAAGAUCAAGGAGGGCUGAGUGAGUCGACCAAAGUGGAAAUCGAAGUCCUGGAUUUGAAUGAUAAUGUCCCCGUCCUCAACGUGAUGUCCUUCACGAGUCCGGUUUCAGAAGACUCCCCGGCUGGUACCACUAUCGGUAUCAUGAACGUGAAAGACCAGGAUUCUGGCGAAAACGGUCACGUGAGGUGCGCCAUCGAAGGCCGCGUUCCAUUUCGCAUGAAAUCCAACGUGCGCAAUUAUUUUGCCUUGGUGACCGAUGCCGAUUUGGAUCGCGAAAGCGUGUCCGAAUAUAACAUCACAGUCGUCGCGUCGGACGCCGGCUCGCCUCCCCUCUCCGCCGAGAGAACUUUUCAUUUGAAAGUUUCCGACGUGAACGACAACGCUCCUGUGUUUGCCGUCAGCUUUUAUCGUGCCAACCUCGCCGAAAACAACUCGCCGGGUGUUUCCGUGCUGAGAGUGAGCGCCAAAGACCCAGAUGAAAACCAGAACGCUCGUGUCUCUUACAUGUUGGAGCAGGGCGAGAUCGGGGGAACUCCGAUUGCCUCGUUUGUGUCCGUGAACGCCCAAACCGGCGUCGUCAGCGCCGUGCGCUCCUUCGACUACGAGCGGAUGAAGCGGCUGGACUUUGCGGUGCGAGCGCAGGACGGAGGCUCCCCUCCUCUCUGUAGCAACGUGAGCGUGGGCGUCCUGAUCCGGGACCAGAACGACAACGCCCCUCAGGUCCUGUACCCGGUCCAGCCGCACGCCGAAAUGGUGCCUCGUUCGGCAGACGCGGGCUAUCUGGUGACUAAAGUGGUGGCCGUGGAUGUGGACUCUGGACAGAACGCCUGGCUCUCCUAUAAAGUGCAGCACAAAUUUGGGGGCGCAGACAGGGGGGCGCUGUUUGAAGUGGGCCUCCACAAUGGAGAAAUGCGAACUGUCCGCCAAGUGACUGAUAAAGAUGCUGUCAAACAAAGACUGACUGUCGUAGUGGAGGACAACGGGCAGCCCUCUCGUUCGGCUACGGUCGCGGUCAACGUGGCGCUGGCGGACGGCUUCCCCGAAGUGCUGAGGUCGGAGUUCGCCGACGACUUUAGCGAGGACUACGACGACCGGCUGACUUUUUACUUAGUCUCGGCUUUGGCCGCGGUCUCCUUCCUCUUCGUCGCCUGCUUGCUGCUUAUCGUGUCGCUCAAAGUGUACAGGUGGAGACGGUCUCGCGUCCUGUACCGCUCCGACCUCCCCGUCAUUCCGUAUUAUCCGCCGCGCUACUGCGACACUUUGGGGACGGCGGGGACGCUCCCGCACGUCUACAACUACGAGGCCACCAAGAGUCACGUGACGAACACGCAAGCCGUGAGUCAAAGUUUAGUGAGUGUGGACGGAGCGGACGCUGACGUGCCGCACGGCGGCGAGCAGACGUCGGGGAACUGCUCUCGGAUGUCGACUUUGGUGAGUCAAAUCAGUACACUUGUUUCAAUAUAUGUUUGUUUUCAGAGUUUAUAUCACGGAGAAGCCUUGUUCUUGUAUUGAUACAUAUUUUAAAGUCAUUACAUUUCAUUUACAGUCGUGUUCAGAACGUGAAAGCUCGGCUUGAGUAAAAGUACACAGAAAUAGGGCAUCUUCUCAUUGGAAAGGGGAAAAGAGAUUUGGUGGUCGAACCUCAAAGUAAAGGAACUCAUUCAAGGAAAGAGGUUAGCUGAGAAGAAGUGGAACACUGAGGGGAGGAGAAAGGAAUACAUUGAGAUGCGAUGGAGGGCAAAGGUCGAGGUGGCAAAGGCCAAACAAGGCAUAUGAUGACAUGUAUGCCAGGUUGGACACUAAAGAAGGAGAAAAGGAUCUAUACAGGCUGGCCAGACUGAGGGAGAGAGAUGGGAAGGAUGUGCAGCAGGUAAGGGUGAUUAAGGACAGAGAUGGAAAUAUGUUGACUGGUGCCAGCAGUGUGCUAGCUAGAUGGAAAGAAUACUUUGAGGAUUUGAUGAAUGAGGAAAAUGAGAGAGAAGGGAGAGUACAAGAGGCAAGUGUGGUGGACCAGGAAGUGGCAAUGAUUAGUAAGGGGGAAGUUAGAAAGGCAUGAAAGAGGAUGAAAAAUGGAAAGGCUGUUGGUCCUGAUGACAUUCCUGUGGAGUUUUGGAAGCAUGUAGGAGAGGUGGCUGGGGAGUUUUUGACCAUCUUGUUCAACAGAAUUCUAGCGGAUAAGAAGAUGCCUGAGGAAUGCGAGCAACAGUAUGGUUUCAUGCCUAGAAACAGUAGCACAUAAUAUACCUUGAGGAUGUUGAUGGAAAAGUACAGAGAAGGUCAGAAGGAGCUACAUUGUGUCUUUGUAGAUCUAGAGAAAGCCUACGACAGAGUACCCAGAGAGGAACUGUGGUACUGCAUGCGGAGGUCUGGAGUGGCAGAGAAGCAUGUUAGAAAAAUACAGGACAUGUAUGCGGGCAACAGAACAGUGGUGAGGUGUGACAGAGGAGUUGAAGGUGGAGGUGGGAGUGCAUCAGGGAUCAGCCUCGAGCCCCUUCCUGCUUGCAGUGGUAAUGGCUAUCCACUAAUAGUUGAGUCAACAUAAAAUUUUAAGGCAGCCAGGUUCGCCCUUUUUUCAUAGCUCAAGUGACAAGCUGCUUCGUUUUGCUGUCAACUCACUUCAUCAAUGACCGCAAGCGUGCACUUGUUGACUAUUUCCAACUCGGUAAAAGGUCUCUUAUAUCUGCAUCAUCAGGGUACCGGUUUGGUACUUGUUGCGUUCGGCAGGCAAAAUAAAUACUUCUCAGUCCAUUCCCACUGGAAUUGCCGGUUUUCAACAUCCACUUUGUGUUUUUUUCGGCUUUCAGAGAGACAUUUUGAAGCCUGUCUUGUUUCUCUAACUUUGUAGCGAGUAGCAAUGUCGUCUCAACUUAUUUUUCUUGUUUCAACAGCGCAGACAACAUGUGACAUAGCAAGUGUUUGUGUUGUGACUCGUAUGGGUUUUACAAGUCUCAAAAGUAUGCAGACUCACAAAGUGUUCAGACCAUUCAUUCCCAGAGUUAGAGUAACAUGAACAUUGGCACCUCCGUUUACCGCACUGCAAAUUAACGGACGGUACAUGUGUCCAAAAAUACUUUCCAGUUGUCACUUAAACCGGUGUUGACAAGGUCUGUUCGUUCCAGAAUUGGCCACUGUAGUUUACUGGUAGGACACGCCCCCACGAGAUCACCAUCCCAAACAUGGAUACAUUUUGUCCGAAAUAAAAACAAAACAAGUUUGUUCUGGUUAGGUUUAGGGCGAGGGUUGGGGCUAAAGCGUUUUAAGAUGGGUUAAGCAUUAGGGUGGGUUAAGUAAGUGGGAAACAUACGAACGCCGCCACACUUUUAUCAAAUACUUCUUUUCCCGUCUGGAAGCAGUAGGGCGUGUUUUACAGGUGUUCAACAGCCAAUCAUAGUGUAGCGGCUCGUGACCUGGAGCCAGUAAGAUUGGAGCAGGGUGUGUCCUGUCCAGAAGACUGAGAUGCACCUAUUUCCGUGUCACAGAUAUACAAUAUAACAAGAUUCAACCAACAGACGUAACUCCCGUGCC